AUGUUUGCCCUGUGUGUGUGUGUAGAAGUAGUGUUGAGCGGUGCGUGUUGUGCCGCAGAGGAGCAGGCGGGCGAGCUGGGCGCCGGCGACGAGGCGUUCUACCCCAGCGGCAGCCCCUACCGCAUCCAGCGCCACGCCGCCAACAUCCGGGAGCGCAAGAGGAUGCUGAGCAGCAUCAACUCGGCCUUCGACGAGCUGCGGGUGCACGUGCCCACGUUCCCCUACGAGAAGCGCCUCUCCAAGAUCGACACGCUUCGCCUGGCCAUCGCGUACAUCGCGCUGCUGCGCGAGGUGCUCACCGCCGACUACGACCCGCUCACCUACGUGGAGAAGUGCCUGCGCGGCGAGAUCAAGGCCGCCGAGCGCGCCGAGUGGAACACCAGCGACCUGACGGCGCGGCUCUCGUGGAUCAACUGGGAGAACCUGGGCGUAAACCCCAGCCGCCGGAGCGUGCUCACCACGCUCACGCUCACCGCCGACAACAUGAACAACUAGGCGGCCUGUUCUGCGGAAACGCACCGGGGAAUGAGGAGGAUUCGGGAAGUAAGGUUUCCAACUCAGUUUCAACUGCUCUUAGGAUUUUGUAAUGUUUAUACGAACAUGUUUUGACUGAACAAAACUACCACUGUACCAUUGUAAGGAUAUUGAUUAGCACUGGAACCCUAAAAUAUCUGAGAGGUAAAUAAGAAAUGCAAUUGCCGUGAAAUCCGUGCGAGAGGGCUCAAAAUCAGCAGUUAGGUUUUGGUCUGGAUGUGUGUCGCCUUUGUGCUCUACAAAGAGUAAGCGAGACACUCCAUGUAACUGUUAGCACCUUCAAAUUUACUUUCUGAAGAUUGCCAAAAAAUGGUAGCAGUGCAGAUGGAGUAAAUAUUAACCUAACUGUAUCAUCUAUAUUGACAGUGGAGUAGAUGAGUAUUGGGUUGGUAACAUUAUUUUCUGAUGAUUCUGUGUACACUAAUAAUAUGAACGUGUGCACCAUAUCAGCAUCGGAAAACGAAAACGGAAUAAUUAAACUUGUAAGUCAAACUUAUUUAUAAUGAGGCGCUACAUAUCCUAAAUAAUUCUUAGGAGCUCCGCACAUGACAAAUGUAUAACAUAAAUAGAAUUCCAUUAGUAAUUCUUUCAUGGAAUGUCUUAUUUAAUGUCGUGAAUUGAAAACUUCGCAAAUCGAGCUCUUAUUUCAAACUAUUUUUUUUUUCAUUUUCAAAAUAUCCUUAAAUGAUUGAUGACACAAAUCCUAUCACUCAUCGGGUGAAAAAACACAAAACAUCUUGAAUGUUAUCCAGUAGAUGCAGAUAUCCCAGUUGUGCUGUAUUAUAGUUCGUGCCAUCGCUGGUUCAAUUGACAAGAAUAUUAAUUCAAUUCUUGAAGUCCAAGCUGUACUUACUUCCUGAAUAAAUGCAGUUCUUCUAGUCAGAUACACUUCUCUGAACCGAAUUGAAUAAAGUUAAAUCUAGUCAAUGAAUACUCUUCAGAGAAUUAAAACUAACUUGAACAGACAGUACGGAAUGCAGAUGAGGUUGAGAAAAUUUGUUUUAAAAUUUUCCCGGAAUAGAGAAACUCGGAGUCAUAUUGUAUCGUUUCUAGAAUUCCUCUUUUCUGUAAUAAACUGUUCAUGAACUCCUUCUUUCCGUAAAAACACUCACACAAAUAUUUACUUCUCCCAGAGAAAGAAGAGGUAUCACCAAAUAUAACUCAUACGUUUUAUUCAAGCAUGAUGUCUGUACUAGUACUUUUCGUCGAACUCGUGUAAGAGCUCCGUUAGUGACUUUUUCCACCAAGAUCAUUCAAGAUCAGAGUACGAAACACAUCUCAGAUACUAGUUUAUGUGUUUAUUUAAAGUGUAAAGGUUCAUUAUGUUACGUGAUCCUUAAUAUCAGUGCAAUAUUUGUGUACAUACAUUGUAGCAGUGUAUGAUGUCCAGGGAGGUAAUAUUAUUAACUUAUUUUGAGCCUAGAAUUAUGGUAUCCAACAGAAAUACAUGUGUUAUAAUUGUUGUUUUAAAUAGUACUGUUCUUUGAAAUAAAUACCUCAAUGUUAAUGAGUGAAAUUAUAAGCUGUGAAACAAAUCUAGUCUCGGAUUUUUUUUUCGAUAUUUCAUGAAAAAGUGUAAAUCAAUUUUUAGCAGUAUCAGUUUAAUUUAUUAAUAUUUGGCAUAUCUAUUGAAUCAUAUGUAUAAAAUAGAUGUAAAUGAGUUUAUUCUAAUCAUUUUGCAGUAAAGUUGAAACUAUUUUUGUUAAAUUGACUUAAAAUGUCAUUCUUGAAGAUUUUUAAUAUGACUAAGAUUAUGAGGUUCUCCUUUAUUUGUGACACCAAACUAGUGCAAUGUUAUUGACUACAUGAAGGUUGAAUGCGAUGCAUGUGUGGGCGGUAAGUGUAUUUAUCUGAUUGUAAAUAGACUGUGAACUUAUAUUCUUUUUGUUGACAGAUUUUCAUUAAGAAAAAAAAUAGUGGCAAUUAUGAGAUGUUUUGCUCUAUCCUGUAAAACUGAUUACAAUUUAAAAAUCAUAACUGUCCAAUGUAAGAUGUCAUAUAUUUCCUUAAUAAAUGUUAUGGUAUUUUAUGGA